AUUUACACCAAGAGGUCUUAAAGACUUGAGAAAGACUCUCGAAGACGACAAACAUUGCAAGCACUGCCAUCUGUUUCACUCCUACCAGCCUUACCUUCCCCGCAAGUGCAACGAAACCAUGGCCAACAAACUCAAACAACCCUCCCUCACCAAACCCUCCCUCACCAAACCCUCUCUGACCCCACCGCACCUCGCCCGCCAACACUCCUACUCCACCCGUCAAGAUAACAUCCACCACUCCGACGCAACCUCAGUACUGUCCAACAUUUCCUCCCGACGUUCCACCCCUCCUCGCAGCCCGGAUGAGAGACCUCAAUCCGACCGAAGGGAGAGCUGGGAGGACUGCAAGCUGAAGCGGGAGGGCUAUGUCAGUUUCCCAGACUUCGAUCGACUGCGAGCGAUGGGAGAGGGGAAGAAAGUGUGAGGAAUGUGGGAUGGGAAAUUGGGUCUUGAGGACGGGCAUUUGGCUUUGGGAAGGAUGGUUAGCGAAGACACUCCUUUGACAUUUUGGGAGAUUGGGACAGGGAGGAGACGACCACACGAAUUUCGAAACGAACCGCCGGAAACCCGGAUGAAGCUGCUCAGGGCGAUCGACCGGCCGAGAGCUGCUGCUGCCUGCAGUCGAACGAUCUUGAAUCACAACCGACCGACUCAGAUCCCAUCGCUUUCAGACCACAGCAUCAGCCACGUGCUGAGAGCACCGGAAGGAGACCACGAAGGGAGGACGAUCCAUUCUGCUCUACGCCAUCCCACUCUCCGAUGGAAAGAACUUCCUCUCCCAGCUGUCGCACGCCACGCGGAGGGAGAAAGCGGGACUUCGAUGGAACAGGCAGGCGGCCGAUAGGUUCAUGGAUGCGUGAGAUGGAGGGAAGAAGACGAGCAUCGGCACUCAUGCCGCAGGUGGAUGUGGUGCUCCAACAGGUAGAUGCGGAUCGAUUCGUUCUUUGUGUUGCUUCCGAGCGAGUACGUGUAAAUGUGGAUGGUGCGGAGAGAGGAUCUGUAGUGGCGUCAGCGCGAUGAGCGUGCUUCCGUACGAAAGCACUGUAGGGGUUUGACGCUGUGGAGGACUAGGCACGAGUGAUUAGAUAGGCAAGCAAGCCCUUCAGUC